GUGCUCUCCUUGAAUCUAUUUUGAUGGUCGCUUCCAGCAUUGGACCUGAAGAUAGCGUCCGUCUCCUCGUCCGCGGUUUCCCGGAGCCAGUCCUCGCCUGUCCUCGCCAGUUCACCAAGUUCUCGACGGGUCCCUCCACAUUCAUCCUAAUCCUUGCAUCAUUCCUCCAUCGCUCCCUCCCUCCGAUACAAAACACCACCACCCGAUAUCCUCUCCUCGUCCCUCUUGAGACAUCUCCAUCCUUUCCCUUUCCACAUUCUUGUUCUCCUGCUUCAUGUCUGCGUAACCCGAGCCAAAAUGGUGACAACCACCGAUUCUGCAAAAGUGACAGGUGCGGACUUUGCUGCCGAUGCCUCUGGCUCUGGCACUGGCACCGAGAAGAAAUCAGCCACGCCACGUCCCAGACGAUCCGGGACUGGAGUAUCACAUGUCAACGGCUUUUCGUCUGCACCUCAACCCCUCGCCCCAAUUCGGGUGCCCUACAUGAAAAAGAAAUAUCGACAUGUUGCAGCUCCUCAUUUCAAGGCAAGAACGUCUUGUCUAAGCCAUGAUUCGGAUGUCAGCCCAAGUUUUUUGGGCUUUAGGAAUCUUAUGAUAAUUGUUCUGGGUACGUGGGGUUUCUGGGCGGUACAAGGAAUGGGAUGCUAAUUUUCUUACAGUGGUGGGCAAUUUACGAUUGAUGAUUGAGAAUCUCAAAAAGGUACUUUUCAAUAUUAUUCAUUUGAGUCUUUUCCAACUACCAGAAAUCUUAUAGUUGGACCUAUCGUUCGGCAAGAUUUAGAACAACUAUUUUGAUUGUUCCGAAACUUUCCCAAUGAUAUUCUCAAUCUCAAAGACUUUUUCCAAUGGCCAGAAUGUCUUGAUUUGUUUUGAUUUUUUUUCGUUGAUUACGAUCAGAAACUAAUUGGCUUUAGUAUGGAGUAUUGAUUUGUAUCCGAUGUCAUGACUAUCGUCAGCAAGACAUCCUCCUAGGCCUAGCUCUCUUUCUCUUGGUGCCCUGCCAUCUCUUCGUCGCAUACGUCGUCGAAUUAUCUGCAGCGCAACACGCCCGAGCAGUCCUCACAAAAAGCAAGAGACGUAGUGGAACGGCUACACCUGGUGGAAGUUAUGUACCAUCCGAGGAGGAUCUUCGGCAAUUCAACUCGACCUGGAAGUUGAUAGCUUGGAUCCAUGGUCUCAACAUAACCUUCUCCUUGUUUAUUACUUCGGUCGUGGUUUAUUUCUUCGUACACCACCCAUUGAUUGGCACUUUGUGUGAAGUUCAUGCUAUCAUUGUAUGGCUAAAGACCUACUCGUACGCUUUCACGAAUCGAGACCUUCGUCAUGCAUUUCUCCAUCCUUCCAAGCGAGAGGAGGAUGCUCUCCCAGAAAUAUAUAACAAAUGUCCCUAUCCACAGAACAUAACCCUCGGCAAUCUCACCUAUUUCUGGUGGGCCCCUACACUGGUCUACCAACCAGUCUACCCCAGAACAGCAAACAUUCGCUGGGUAUUUGUUGCCAAACGUAUGGCUGAAGUAUUUGGACUGAAUGUCUUCAUGUGGAUUGCCAGCGCCCAAUACGCAGCACCUGUCUUGCGGAAUUCCUUGGACCAUAUGGCAUCCCUGGACCUUCCAUCCAUUCUUGAACGACUUAUGAAGCUGUCUACAAUUAGUCUGGUCAUUUGGCUAGCUGGUUUCUUCGCCCUAUUCCAGUCUUUCCUCAACGCAUUAGCCGAAGUAAUGCGUUUUGGCGACCGAGAAUUCUACACUGAUUGGUGGAAUAGUCCCAGUGUAGGAGCCUACUGGCGAACCUGGAACAAACCCGUUUAUCAAUUCAUGAAGAGACAUGUCUUUUCCCCUCUGAUCGGUCGCGGAUGGAGCGCACAUCACGCGAGUAUUGCUGUCUUUGUCUUUUCGGGAAUUCUACAUGAGCUGGCGGUGGGGGUCCCGACUCACAACCUCAUUCUUGUGGCCUUUGUAGGUAUGGUCGCUCAACUGCCAUUGAUCGCUAUCACAGCACCGCUCGAGAAGAUGCAGGGUGUCAAUGGAAAAAUAAUCGGGAACUGUAUAUUUUGGGUAUCAUUUACACUCAUCGGGCAACCUCUUGGCGCGCUUCUCUAUUUCUUCGCAUGGCAGGCCAAAUAUGGUAGUGUCAGUCAGCAGGCUGUCAAACACUAG